AUGACACUACAAAGUCACUUAAGGUAAUAUGGUAUCUGUUUAACUUUGAUUGCUUUGGACCUGGCUAAAUAUGUUUGAGAGAUUUGUAUUAUAGAGAAAGCGCAAAGAAGAAGACAACGACGAUAAUGAUCGACAUGAAUCAGUACCCCGGCAGCGGCAGUCAUCAAUAUUAACAGCAGCGGCAGCAGCAAGGUUCACAUCAGCCGACUACGAAAGCUAUACACGUACACAUCUUAACAAAGAAAAGGCACUGUGGGAAUCACCAAUGCCAGGCAGCGAUCGGACAUCAGGCUUAUUGACACAAUUGGCUUUUGAGUUUCGCAAAAUACCGCAACAGUCUAAAAACAAGCUUCAACGAACCGUUUAUUUGGGAAGCAACAGGACAGAUCUCAUUGUCAGCGAUUUUUGGGAUAAAGGAUGGAGUUGUGGCUAUCGCAACUGUCAGAUGCUCAUGUCCUUCUUGGAAAAGACAAACGAGAUGGAUGAAUCAGUUAUCAAGCAUGUCAUCAGUAUCUCUGGUUUACAGUCUCUAUUAGAGCGGGCUUGGAAGGAAGGUUUGUUUCUUUUUCCUUUUCCCUUUCUGUGCUACAUGAGAGGAACAUCCCCCGCACCCCCCACCUUUUGUGUGAAGAUAACCCAAGAAAAUUUUUGGACCCGAAAACUAGGAUUUGACUCAGUCGGCGCGUUACAACUGCAACGUCGGGUGUACAAGACACGCAAGUGGAUCGGCACUACAGAGGUUUACACAUUGCUGGUGUAUCUUGGUAUCAAAUGCACUAUCCUGGAUUUCGACGCGCCCAAAGCUGCCGGUCCAGCAACUACUGGAUUGUUGGCUGAGCGUUUAUUUGAUUGCGUGCAAUCCUAUUUUGAAGCGUCUGUUGUGGUGAAUAGACCGUCAUCUAGCAAUAGUGACGACGGCAACGACAACAGCGUCAAGAGCAGAGAAAACAACGUAUUUACACGAAUGAUGGUGUCCUCUGCACGCGCUGGCAAACACGUGCAUAUGACCGACAGACCACCCAUGUACCUACAGCACGCGGGCCACAGUCGAACUAUCGUUGGCAUUGAAAUAUUCGAUGAUGGUAUACGGAACUUGAUUGUCUUUGACCCGGGAAGGCGGACACAGCGUGGCAAGUCGUCACCCAUACAAGAAAACAAACACGGGAACGAGUCUGAUCAACGGCCGGCUGCUAUAGCGUCAUUGCAAUCGUACCGAGUGGAUACAAAGGCGAUUGAAAGAAAUAGUCAAUAUCAACUUUUGGUGUUAGGAGAGGCAUCCCAAAGACCGUCUGGAGCUAUACAGUGGCCAUCAACCGAUUCAAAUCAUUUCUUGCUAACAGAAUGGGAACGUGAUAUCAUGAAGCAAGUUACCAGUAUUAGAGUCAUAUAAUCAUCACUAUAUUACGUGUAAAUACUAUUAUAUAUUUAGUGUACCAAAUAAUAUACCCAACUCCUAAUUGUAUAGUUAUACAGGAAGAUGAUGAUGCAAAACGUAU